AUGACUGUGUUGGUGCUAACUAUGAUAUUUAGUGUAGUGUUUGCAAUAUGGUGGUACUGGUGGAGACCUUGUCCUCGAUCACCUCGCACGUAUCCUGGUGCAUUGCCCAUCAUUGGGCACAUUGUUGAGGCAAUAAAAUAUCGUAAUGAUAUAUGGAGCUAUAUGGAACGUAUUGCUGAUUAUAUGACAGACGAGUGUGUGCAACUUCGGAUGGGUUCCCAUAAAAUCUAUGUUGUAAGCGACCCCGAUGAAGUUGGUGUUAUAGCAAACACGUGUUUGAAUAAAUCAUUUCUUUACAAGUUUCUAAUCGAUGUAUUAGGAAAUGGAUUACUAUUAUCAGACGUACCCACAUGGAAAUUACAUCGUAAGCUACUGAAUCCAGCAUUCAACCAGAAAGUAUUGAACACAUUUGUAAAUGUUAUGAAUGUAGAAGCACGAAUUUUAGUCUCACAAUUGAAACCUGUAGCGGGACAAGGACCAGCUAAUGUCAAGGAAUUUCUAAUUAAAUAUAUUUUAAGAUCGGUUUGCAGAACAUCAUUGGGAUUAGAAGCUAAAGAUCAAGAUAUGAUUGGUAAGGAAUACGCACAAGCAAUAGACGAAAUCAUAACAAUAGCAGUAAAACGAGGUCUAAACGUAGCAUUACAUCCUUCAUUUGUUUACAACAUAACUUCGAUGAGAAAAAGAGAACAGGAACUGGUGACGAGGAUAAAGAACAUUUUAAAUAGCAUAAUCCAGAAACGUAAAUCUGAUUUAAAAAUUACCAAUUCAACAAAUUACGAUGAUGGCUCAGUUAAUGGUAAAUUCAAACCUAUCUUAGAUCUGUUGCUGCAUUUAUCUGAUGAACAAUAUGUCCUCUCAGAUGAUGAAAUCAGGGCGCAUCUGAAUACUUUCGUAGCAGCUUCUUUCGACACAACUUCAUCAACACUUCAGACUGUGUUGUUGGUGCUUGGAUCAUAUCCUGAUGUUCAGGAACGAGUAUAUAGAGAAAUAAACGAAGUAUUCGGAAAUAAACAAGAAUUGACUAAAUAUGACUUACCAAAAUUGGUUUACUUAGAAGCAGUGAUAAAAGAGGUUUUGAGGAUAUAUUCUAUAGCUCCUUGGGUAUCAAGACAUAUUGACACUGAUAUCGUUUUCCCAAAAUAUACAUUAAGAGCUGGGAGUACAUGUAUUCUGGUAUUGUACUACCUUCACCGCCACUCCUCGUGGGGACCAGAUUCCAAACAGUUCAAACCGGAGCGAUGGUUGAAUCCUGACACUUUACCUACUAACCCUAACGUAUAUGCUCCCUUUGGCAUUGGGAAACGAAACUGCAUCGGAAAGCAGUACGCUAUGAUGACCCUAAAGACAUCGGUUGCGCAUAUCGUUCGAAAUUUCAAAUUAUCUGCAGAUAUUAGUCAAUUGUACUGGAAAUAUGAAGUUAUAUUAAAACCAAUUAACCCAACUCUCGUUAGUUUUACGUUAAGAUCUGAAUUUAAAAUCUUUAUGUACAAAUAA